GCUGGGGAAACAACAUUUUACACUGGUGCCUAAGCAUGUCCUACUUAAAUCCACCCCCACGUCCUAGCUGAUAGACCCGCACUGCAAAUCUCACACCUUCCCGGCUCGGGUAGCAUUGCGCAAGCUGGAGUAAAAAGCAAAGUAGGAAAAAGGGACAAUCUCAAUUUCAGCACAGAGAAGUAAAUAUGGCGAGCGAUUCUCCGGCUCGCAGCCUGGAUGAGAUAGAUCUUUCGGCUCUAAGGGACCCUGCGGGAAUUUUUGAACUGGUAGAACUUGUUGGGAAUGGCACGUACGGUCAGGUUUACAAGGGUCGCCAUGUUAAAACAGGACAACUUGCAGAUAAAGUCAUGGAUGUUACUGGGGAUGAAGAAGAGGAGAUCAAACAAGAGAUUAAUAUGCUAAAGAAAUACUCUCAUCACAGAAAUAUUGCAACAUAUUAUGGGGCCUUCAUAAAAAAGAAUCCACCUGGAAUGGAUGAUCAGCUAUGGCUUGUGAUGGAGUUCUGUGGAGCUGGAUCUGUUACCGAUUUAAUUAAGAACACAAAAGGCAAUACAUUAAAAGAAGAGUGGAUCGCUUACAUCUGCAGAGAGAUAUUACGGGGCUUGAGUCAUCUGCACCAGCACAAAGUGAUUCAUCGAGACAUUAAGGGGCAGAAUGUCUUGCUGACAGAGAAUGCUGAAGUUAAACUAGUUGACUUUGGCGUUAGUGCACAGUUAGACAGGACAGUGGGCAGAAGGAACACUUUCAUUGGAACCCCUUACUGGAUGGCACCAGAAGUUAUUGCCUGUGAUGAAAAUCCUGAUGCAACGUACGACUUUAAGAGCGACCUGUGGUCUUUAGGAAUUACAGCCAUAGAGAUGGCAGAGGGAGCACCCCCACUCUGCGAUAUGCACCCCAUGAGAGCCUUGUUUCUAAUCCCGCGGAAUCCAGCUCCAAGAUUGAAAUCUAAGAAAUGGUCAAAAAAGUUCCAGUCAUUCAUUGAAAGUUGUCUUGUAAAGAAUCACAGCCAAAGACCUACAACAGAGCAGCUAAUGAAACAUCCGUUUAUCCGAGACCAGCCUAACGAAAGGCAGGUUAGAAUCCAGCUUAAAGAUCACAUCGACAGGACAAAGAAAAAAAGAGGAGAGAAAGAUGAAACAGAAUAUGAAUACAGUGGAAGUGAAGAAGAGGAGGAAGAAAAUGAUUCAGGGGAACCAAGUUCAAUUUUAAAUCUACCUGGGGAGUCAACUCUAAGAAGAGAUUUCUUGAGGCUGCAGUUGGCUAAUAAGGAACGGUCAGAAGCUUUGAGACGCCAGCAAUUGGAACAACAGCAACGGGAAAAUGAGGAGCACAAAAGGCAGCUACUGGCUGAGAGGCAAAAGCGCAUUGAAGAACAGAAGGAACAAAGGCGACGAUUAGAAGAGCAACAAAGGAGAGAAAAAGAAAUGAGGAAGCAGCAGGAGAGAGAUCAGCGUAGGCGUUAUGAGGAGCAGAUGCGCAGAGAAGAGGAAAGGAGGCGAGCAGAGCAUGAGAAGGAGUACAUCAGGCGACAGUUAGAGGAAGAGCAGAGGCAGUUAGAGAUAUUACAGCAGCAGUUAUUGCAGGAGCAAGCGCUACUACUGGAGUAUAAGCGCAAACAGUUAGAAGAACAAAGACAGGCUGAAAGGCUACAGAGACAACUACAGCAAGAGAGGGACUACUUGGUUUCUCUUCAGCAGCAGCAACAGCAGCAGAGACAGCAAGAGCAGAGGUCAUCUGAAAAGAAACCACUUUAUCAUUACAAGGAAGGUCUAAACCCCGCAGAGAAACCUGCUUGGGCUAAAGAGGUUCAACAGCGAUCUCUUAGUAAUUCGCCUGUUCUUCCAGCUAAGCAGCAGCACACUUCUGUUAUCGAACAGCAGGUGCCCUUGGUGCCCAAAGAUGCAUCUUCUAAUUGGCAGCCCUCAAGUAGGCCAAAUUCUCAGAACCUGCAAGCUUCAGGUCGUGUGAAAGUGGACAACUUAGCUCCAUCCAUGAUAUUGCCUUCAAUUCAGAUUUCCAAAUCAGGGCCCUGGGGACAAGCAACACAGAGUGAAGUACAAUCUCUAGAUGAUGAAGUGAGAUUUUUACUCCAGGUGAACUCACAAGAAGCAGGGAGAAAGUCAGUAACCUCCCUUAAAGGGUCCCGCUCACAAGGAUGUAGCCCAGCCAGGGACACUGGAUUUUCCAAGGUAGAGGAGCGUUCAAGACUCAACCGUCAGAGUUCCCCAGCUAUGCCACAUAAAGUAGCUAACAGGAUAUCUGAUCCAAAUUUGCCUCCGAGAUCGGAAUCAUUCAGCAUUAGUGGGGUGCCACCAGCCAGAACACCACCGAUGCACAGGCCACUGGAUCCACAGCAACUUCCACUUCUGGUGUCAGUGAAAACCCAAGGCCCGUCCUUGUCAGCCUCGCAGUCAUUGCAUGAACAGUCAGCUAAGGGAAUGUCUGCGUUUCAGGAGGGCAUUAUUUCUCACCGCCCUGAAAUGCCACGGCAAAAUUCCGACCCAACAUCUGAGAACCCUCCUCUCCCUCCUCGUAUCGAAAAAUUUGACCGAAGUUCUUGGCUGCGCCAGGAAGAAGACCUUCCACCAAAGGUGCCUCAACGGACCACUUCCAUAUCGCCUGCACUAGCCAGGAAGAACUGCCCCGGGAAUGGCAGCUCAUUAGGCAACAGACUGAGCACCCAACUUAUAAGAGCGAGUAACCCAGACCUGCGGAGAACUGAGACCGUCAUCGAGAACCCCAUUCAAAGAACCAGCAGUGGGAGCUCUUCCAGUUCCAGUACUCCCAGUUCCCAACCAAGUUCACAAGGUGGAUCACAGCCGGGAUCUCAAGCUGGCUCUAGUGAGCGGAACAGAGCUCGAGCAGGAACAAAUAAACCUGAAGGGUCACCUCUUCUACCACAUGAUCCCACCAAUGUGAAACCGGAAGACAACAGAGACGUGACACGACCGAGUCGGCCUGCUGAUCUUACUGCAUUAGCCAAAGAGCUGAGAGAGUUGCGCAUUGAGGAAACAAAUCGACCAAUUAAGAAGGUGACUGACUAUUCUUCCUCCAGCGAGGAGUCUGAGAGUAGUGAGGAGGAAGAUGCAGAAAGUGAGACUCAGGAUGGGACAGUUGCUGUGAAUGACAUCCCAAGACUCAUACCAACUGGAGGGUCAUCUGGAAAUAAUGAGCCAUAUAAUGUGGGAACACAGGGUAUAGAAAACAAUCAAACAGAGGGGUUCAGAAGUGCUUCAAGAGAAGGCACCUUAAUGAUACGAGAGACAUCGGGAGACAAAAAACGCUCUGGCCAUGCAGAAAGUAAUGGUUUUGCCGGCCAUAUUAAUCUUCCUGAUCUAGUCCAGCAAAGCCACUCCCCAGUGGGUACACCAACUGAGGCUCUGGGGAGAGGUCCAGCUCAUGCUCAAGAGAUGGAGACAGUGGCAGAAUAUGGCAUGGGAAACUCCAACAAAUCUUCAUUUACCCCAUUUGAUUCGAGAGUUUAUCAGACCUCUCCCACUGAUAAUGAUGAAGAGGAAGAUGAUGACGAUGAUGACGAUGAUGAAGAGGAAUCCUCAGCAACAGCCCUGUUUACUAGCGAACUGCUUAGACAAGAACAAGCCAAGCUGAAUGAGGCAAGAAAAAUAUCAGUGGUAAACGUGAACCCUACCAAUAUUCGUCCUCACAGCGAUACUCCAGAGAUCCGGAAAUACAAGAAACGGUUUAAUUCUGAGAUACUCUGUGCAGCGUUAUGGGGUGUAAACUUACUAGUGGGCACAGAGAAUGGACUAAUGUUGUUGGAUCGAAGUGGACAAGGAAAGGUCUACAAUCUUAUCAACAGGAGGAGAUUUCAGCAGAUGGAUGUUCUAGAGGGACUGAAUGUUCUUGUAACCAUUUCAGGCAAAAAGAACAAGCUAAGAGUGUAUUACCUUUCCUGGUUAAGGAACCGAAUACUGCACAACGACCCAGAGGUGGAGAAAAAACAAGGCUGGAUCACUGUCGGAGAAUUAGAAGGAUGUGUGCAUUACAAAGUCGUGAAAUAUGAAAGAAUCAAGUUUUUGGUUAUUGCUUUGAAAAGUGCUGUAGAAAUUUAUGCCUGGGCUCCAAAACCAUACCAUAAGUUUAUGGCUUUUAAGUCCUUUACAGACCUCCAGCAUAGACCAUUGCUCUGUGAUCUGACUGUAGAAGAAGGUCAAAGAUUAAAAGUAAUUUUUGGCUCAAGCACCGGUUUCCAUGUAAUUGAUGUAGAUUCUGGAAAUACAUAUGACAUCUACAUCCCAUCUCAUAUUCAAGGUAACAUCACCCCACACGCUAUAGUAAUCCUGCCCAAAACAGAUGGCAUGGAAAUGCUUGUGUGCUAUGAAGACGAGGGAGUGUAUGUGAAUACCUAUGGUAGAAUAACUAAAGAUGUGGUGCUUCAGUGGGGGGAAAUGCCUACUUCAGUAGCGUAUAUCCAUUCUAACCAAAUAAUGGGCUGGGGAGAGAAAGCUAUUGAAAUCCGGUCAGUGGAAACCGGGCAUCUUGAUGGCGUAUUCAUGCAUAAAAGAGCCCAGAGGUUAAAAUUUCUAUGUGAAAGAAAUGACAAGGUGUUCUUUGCAUCUGUGCGUUCAGGAGGCAGUAGUCAAGUAUUUUUUAUGACAUUGAACAGAAACUGCAUGAUGAACUGGUAACGGAGCCCUACAAGCACUUUUCUCUCCAUGGCAUUAUUUUUAAAGUACAUUUGGAUUUUUAGAUGUGCACUGCCUCACAGGACAAGCUGCUGCCAUCAAUCCCAGCUGUGGAUUUGUGUUUUCACUCUCUGUGGUACAGAAAAUGUCCCAAGGAUACCGAAGCCUUGCCCUGGAGCAAGAAUUGCAGACUUUGCACUUUCCAGACUGGGAACAAUAUGAUUCUGAGGCCUACAGAUAAAGCUGUGUUAUAGUGGCUUGUUAAUUUUACCUUUUCAUUGUGUCUUACUUUGUAAGAAUGGGAAAAAAGAAAAAAAAAAGUGUCCUAAAUUGAGCCAGUUUGUUGAUUUUCUGUCUGCCUGCUCUCGCAUUAAGUAUACAUAUGUUGUAAAAUUACUGAGUAAGAUGAGACAGCACAAUAAAUGUACCUUUUCUCUUUCGCUGAAGGUGAAGGCUGUAUAGCUGGGUAAUUAUAAAUCUUCUUGCCUUCAAAAACCUGAAUGUUGCUUUUUGACAGCAACGGCCUAAUAUGUUUUUAAUGGAAUUCAAAAGUUUCCCCCUGUUUUGGGAAACGUAAUUUAAAUGGCUAAACUUCUAGCCUUAGUCUAAAGACAUUAUAUGCCAUUGGUCAGUCCGUAAAAAACCUACCAAUACAUAUACAGCGAUCUGUGUUGGUACGGGCAGCACUGCCCAUUGGGAAGAAAAUACUGACAAUUCUAAGCUUGUAUUCAUUUUGUAUAAUAUGCAACAAGUUAGGGCAAAACAGAAAGAGAUAAUAGACAAGGUGAAUUUGGAGUGAUAUUUUCUUCAAAUCUCCCAAUAGCACUCUUUCUAAAGAAUUCAGUUAUUCAAAUAGAUAGCUGAACCUGCAAUAAAAGGACUUCUGCCAACAACAUUCUUACAGUCAAACGUUUAAGCUUUACCUGCCAUUGCUGUAAAGAUAAACAGAUCUUUUUACCCCAAAAUUACCCAACAUACAGUAAAUGACCACAUCUGUGCAAAAAAAACAUGUAUGUACUUAGUUCAGGUGAAAAAAAUGCUCUAAUUUAAUGAUAAAUAAGUGUAUCAGAAGUUUAUUUUAAUAGCUACAAGCAUGGCUGGCUGUGGUAAUAGGGCAAUUGUGUUGCGCUUUUUUAUCUUUUUUUUUUUUACGAUUAACAUUUUGUUUGUACCUACCUCGUUUUGUCUUUUUUUUUUUUUUAUCUUUUUUUUUUUCUUCUUCAAGUGUCUUCUUGUUCAGCAGUUCAAAUUGGGAUUUGCUAUUUCUCUGGGUACUUGAAGAACUGUGUUAGCAAUUCACAAAAAGUAACAUUUGGGUUUUUGUCAUACAACUCUACAGAAAUGUUCAUUAUAAAUUGUAUGACUCUAAAAAUUCUUAUGUUGUUUACAUUUUGGUUGACCAUUUUAACAAGAGGCACCUACAAUGCAGGAAUUAGCAUAAACAGAGUUAGUUUAGUAUUUAUUUAUCAGAUAUAAAUAAAAGCUACACACUCUUAUCCUCAAUAAUUUAAUUGCAAUAGGUUUUCUUUUGUUGCUGUGAUUGUAAUUUGCUUGGUGCUUUUUAACAUUUUGUUGCUAACUGAUCUUUUUUUUUUAAUUAAAACAUUCAGAACACCCAUUAUAAAUGAUUUUUUUUUAUUGUGGGUUUUUUUUGGGUACAGUUAUGAAAUAAAAGGGAUAUAUUGUGUUUGAACAAGA